UUACUGCAUAUAUACACUUAAUAGUUAAAGAAAUCCCAUUUAUUUUAGGCUAAAAAACUAACUUUGAUCUCCUCUUUGAUGUGUUCUUCACAGAGAGAUAAAAGGGAAAAGCAAAGAGAGGAAAAGGGGAGGCUUAGCUUCUUCCUUGAUCUUGAAGACUCACUUUCUUUCUUUUGAAAGAUGUUUGGUUCUUUAAAUCUAUCUACACCUGAAGUUUCUCAGAUUCCCUCAACUUUUCCCUCCUUUUACACAAAAUCCAUUUCCUCAAAGCCUCAUAAUAAGUCCCUUUGUUUCUUCUUCAAGUCCUUCCAAAUUCACUUUCCAUGAAAAACUUCCAAGAAAAUAUGUUGCCCCUCAUUGUUGUCACACUCUUUACUCUAGUGGGUACUUCCAUUUCUUCUUUUCCUUCUUCUCCUCUUAUUGGUACUGAUUUUCAUGCCUUGGUGAGCCUAAAACAAGGCUUUGACUUCUCAAAUCCUGCUUUGAGUUCUUGGGACACUUCAAAUCCUAGCUCAGUUUGUGAUUCUUGGGUGGGAAUCAAAUGCUUACAAGGCCGAGUUAUAUCGAUAAACAUGUCUAACAUGGACCUUUACGGCUCUGUUUCCCCUGCCAUUUCAAGCCUAGAUAAGCUUGAAGAGCUCUUGAUUGAUGGCAACAACUUCACUGGUGAAAUCAAGAUUGAGAAUAUGAGCAGUCUUCAGUCUCUCAACAUUUCAAACAACUUGUUCAGUGGGAAUAUUGAUUGGAACUAUUCAAGUUUAGCUAAUUUGGAGAUUCUUGAUGCUUACAACAAUAAUUUUUCAUCUUUCCUUCCUGUUGGAGUGGUGAACUUGAAAAAAAUCAAGUACUUGGACUUGGGUGGCAACUAUUUCUAUGGCAGAAUUCCAGAAAGUUAUGGGGAUUUGAUUGAGUUGGAGUACCUGUCACUUGCUGGAAAUGACUUGCAUGGAAGAAUCCCUAAAUCCUUGGGGAAUCUCACCAACUUGAAAGAGAUUUACUUGGGAUAUUUCAAUGUGUUUGUAGGUGGGAUUCCUAAGGAAUUUGGGAAGUUGGAGAAUCUUGUUCACAUGGAUAUUUCUAGUUGUGAAUUAGAUGGUUCAAUUCCUCCUGAAUUAGGGAACUUGAAAAUGCUUAACACACUUUUUUUGCAUAUCAAUCUUCUUUCAGGUCCAAUUCCAAGGGAACUAGGCAACCUCACUGGCUUAGUCAAUCUUGAUCUUUCAGCCAAUGCACUUACUGGUGAAAUCCCAUUUGAGCUCAUUAACCUCCAGCAGCUAAGGCUUUUCAAUCUUUUCAUGAACAAAUUACAUGGUUCAAUACCGGAUUUCAUCGCUGAUUAUCCCGACCUGAAGGUUCUUGGUCUCUGGAUGAACAACUUCACCGGUACUAUCCCCGAGAAGUUAGGCCAAAAUGAGAAGCUCCAAGAGCUUGAUUUGUCUUCAAAUAAGCUCACUGGUACAAUUCCUAAAGACUUGUGCGCCUCAAAGCAACUUAGAAUCUUGAUUUUACUCAAGAAUUUCCUCUUUGGUCCAAUUCCAGAAGAUUUAGGCACAUGUUCAAGUCUUGUUAGGGUGAGAUUAGGACAAAACUACUUGAAUGGUAGCAUCCCAAAUGGAUUCAUUUACAUGCCUGACUUAAACUUAGUUGAGCUGCAGAACAACUAUUUGUCUGGUACCUUAUCAGAAAAUGGUAACAUUUCUUCAAAACCAGCCAAAUUAGGUCAGUUAAAUUUAUCAAACAAUCAACUUUCAGGUUCUUUACCAUUUUCCCUCUCUAAUUUCACUUCCCUUCAAAUCCUUUCACUUGGAGGGAACCAAUUCUCUGGUCCUAUUCCUCCUUCUAUAGGUCAACUCUCACAAGCCUUAAAAAUUGACCUCAGUCAAAACUCUCUUUAUGGUGAAAUUCCCCCUGAAAUAGGCAAUUGUGUCCACUUGACCUACCUAGACUUGAGCCAAAACAACCUCUCUGGCUCAAUUCCACCUAGAAUAUCUGAAAUCCGAAUCUUGAACUACUUGAACUUGUCAAGAAACCACUUGAAUGAGACCAUACCAAAGUCAAUUGGUACAAUGAGAAGUCUCACAACUGCUGAUUUCUCAUUCAAUGAUCUAUCAGGCAAGCUGCCAGAAUCAGGCCAAUUUGCAUACUUCAAUGCCACUUCUUUCGCGGGCAAUCCUAGACUCUGUGGCUCUUUACUAAACAACCCUUGCAAUUUCACACUAAUUACCGAUCCGCCAGGAAAGUCUCGUGGAGAUUUCAAGCUAAUCUUCGCCCUCGGGUUGUUAAUCUGUUCACUAGUCUUUGCAGCUGCGGCUAUCAUCAAGGCCAAGUCUUUCAAGAAAACAGGCGCGGAUUCUUGGAAAAUGACAGCAUUUCAAAAGGUUGAUUUCAGUGUUGCUGACGUUCUUGAAUGUGUGAAAGAUGGAAAUGUGAUAGGCAGAGGUGGAGCCGGGAUUGUGUACCAUGGGAAAAUGCCAAGUGGGGUUGAAAUUGCAGUGAAAAAACUUCUUGGUUUUGGCAACAACAGCCAUGAUCAUGGUUUCAGAGCGGAGAUUCGGACACUAGGCAACAUUCGACAUAGGAACAUCGUAAGACUAGUUGCUUUUUGUUCCAACAAGGAAACUAAUCUCCUUGUUUAUGAGUACAUGAGGAAUGGGAGCUUAGGAGAGGCGUUGCAUGGGAAAAAAGGAGGGUUCUUGAACUGGAAUUUGAGAUACAAAAUUGCAAUGGAAGCUGCUAAAGGAUUGUGCUACCUUCACCACGAUUGUUCGCCGUUGAUCGUUCACAGAGACGUUAAAUCCAACAACAUUUUGCUGAAUUCAAACUUUGAAGCUCAUGUUGCAGAUUUUGGACUUGCUAAAUUCUUGGUGGAUGGUGGUGCCUCACAGAGUAUGUCUGCUGUUGCUGGAUCCUAUGGUUACAUUGCCCCUGAGUAUGCAUACACAUUGAGAGUAGACGAAAAGAGCGACGUGUAUAGUUUCGGUGUGGUUCUAUUGGAGCUUAUCACAGGGCGUCGUCCAGUAGGUGAAUUUGGUGAUGGAGUGGACAUAGUGCAAUGGAGUAAAAGAGUAACAAAUUGUAAAAGAGAACAAGUGACACACAUUGUGGAUCCAAGGCUAACCACUGUGCCUGAAGAUGAAGCCAUGCAUUUGUUCUUUAUUGCUAUGCUUUGCAUCCAAGAAAAUAGCGUAGAACGUCCAAAAAUGAGGGAAGUCAUUCAGAUGUUGUCAGAGUUCCCGAAACAAUCGCCUGAGUACCAACCAUCCUCUUCGAAACUUGUUUCUCAAAAGCUAAAGAGCCUUGAGAAAGACCAAACUUGUCCAAAGAUUCGGAAAGAACUUUUGGUUUAACCAAUCUUCAAUUUUAUUUAAUGGUCCUUAAUUUGGAAGGUGCUUGAGUUCACUAUAGUUCUAUAAUUUUAACUUCUUGUUAUUCUUUCUACUUGUUUAAGGAUAGGGUUUUUGUGACAAAGAGAAGUAGGAAUAUAACUAGUAUGUACUAGUAGUUAGUUGCUUUUGGGCGUUUAAUUUCUUGGCAAAGACAGGGCAAGCCCAAGUUGGUUUUUAUGCUUUUUGUGUCAUAUGGAUAUACAGGUAUAUAUUAUUCCAUUUACGGGUGAA